AGAGCGCUUGGAGGACCUAAGAGGCGGUGGCCGGGGCCACGCCCCGGGCAGGAGGGCCGCUCUGUGCGCGCCCGCUCUAUGAUGCUUGCGCGCGUCCCCCGCGCGCCGCGCUGCGGGCGGGGCGGGUCUCCGGGAUUCCAAGGGCUCGGUUACGGAAGAAGCGCAGCGCCGGCUGGGGAGGGGGCUGGAUGCGCGCGCACCCGGGGGGAGGCCGCUGCUGCCCGGAGCAGGAGGAGGGGGAGAGCGCGGCGGGCGGCAGCGGCGCUGGCGGCGACUCCGCCAUAGAGCAGGGGGGCCAGGGCAGCGCGCUCGCCCCGUCCCCGGUGAGCGGCGUGCGCAGGGAAGGCGCUCGGGGCGGCGGCCGUGGCCGGGGGCGGUGGAAGCAGGCGGGCCGGGGCGGCGGCGUCUGUGGCCGUGGCCGGGGCCGGGGCCGUGGCCGGGGACGGGGACGGGGCCGGGGCCGGGGCCGCGGCCGUCCCCCGAGUGGCGGCAGCGGCCUUGGCGGCGACGGCGGCGGCUGCGGCGGCGGCGGCGGCAGCGGUGGCGGCGGCGCCCCCCGGCGGGAGCCGGUCCCUUUCCCGUCGGGGAGCGCGGGGCCGGGGCCCAGGGGAUCCCGGGCCACGGAGAGCGGGAAGAGGAUGGACUGCCCUGCCCUCCCCCCCGGAUGGAAGAAGGAGGAAGUGAUCCGAAAAUCUGGGCUAAGUGCUGGCAAGAGCGAUGUCUACUACUUCAGUCCAAGUGGUAAGAAGUUCAGAAGCAAGCCUCAGUUGGCAAGGUACCUGGGAAAUACUGUUGAUCUCAGCAGUUUUGACUUCAGAACUGGAAAGAUGAUGCCUAGUAAAUUACAGAAGAACAAACAGAGACUGCGAAACGAUCCUCUCAAUCAAAAUAAGGGUAAACCGGACUUGAAUACAACAUUGCCAAUUAGACAAACAGCAUCAAUUUUCAAACAACCGGUAACCAAAGUCACAAAUCAUCCUAGUAAUAAAGUGAAAUCAGACCCUCAACGAAUGAAUGAACAGCCACGUCAGCUUUUCUGGGAGAAGAGGCUACAAGGACUUAGUGCAUCAGAUGUAACAGAACAAAUUAUAAAAACCAUGGAACUACCCAAAGGUCUUCAAGGAGUUGGUCCAGGUAGCAAUGAUGAGACCCUUUUAUCUGCUGUUGCCAGUGCUUUGCACACAAGCUCUGCGCCAAUCACAGGGCAAGUCUCCGCUGCUGUGGAAAAGAACCCCGCUGUUUGGCUUAACACAUCUCAACCCCUCUGCAAAGCUUUUAUCGUCACAGAUGAAGACAUCAGGAAACAGGAAGAGCGAGUACAGCAAGUACGCAAGAAAUUGGAAGAAGCACUGAUGGCAGACAUCUUGUCGCGAGCUGCUGAUACAGAAGAGAUGGAUAUUGAAAUGGACAGUGGAGAUGAAGCCUAAGAAUAUGAUCAGGUUUGACAUGGAGUUGGAGGAAGAUAGCGCAUACAUUUGCAGUAUGAACUGUUGCCUCUGGACAUUGUGAGAAUCGUGCUUUCACCAGAAUUUCUAAGAAUUUCUGCUAAAUAUCAUCUAGCAUGUGUAAUUUUUUUUUCCUUGCCUGUGACUUGGACUUUUGAUAGUUCUGUAAGAAUAAGGCCUUUUCUUCCCUUGGACAUGAGUCAGAUACACAAGUACCCUUCAGGUGUUACUAGAAGGCGUCCAUGUUUAUUGUUUUUUAAAAACAGCAUAGUUUAUCCUUGUUGAAGCGACAUCCAUGCAAUCUUUUAUCUAUAUUUAACUUCCAAAUAAAGACAUUAAAAACAAAAAGAAUGCUUGGCACUCUCUAACAUCCAGUAGCUUACUGAGUUAACAGGUGCAGGUCAGACUCUUGGCUACAGUGAGAGGCAGCUUCUAGGCAGAGUUGCUUAAUGAAAGGGUUUGCAAUACUUUACAAACCAUUACCUGUACCUGGCCUGGCCUCCAAAAUAUUAACAUUCUUUUUUCUGUUGAAACUCGUGAGUGUAACUUUCAUACCACUUGAAUUUAUUGAUAUUUAAUUGUGAAAACUAGCAUUACAUUAUUAAACGAGUUCUAAAAUCAAAACAUACUUAAUCUGAUACCGAGGAAGGGAGGGAGUAGUUAUAAGCAAAUUAAAACAAAUUUUGAGAGAUAGAGCAAAAGUAAAAUCAUUCUAUAGGAAGGAUGUGUUUAUUUCUUAACUCUUGAGUUCUUUUAAAAUUAGACCCUAAAUUAUGCAGUCAAGGGUGUGACCAAUUCCACAUGAGUGUCACCUGUACAUUUUAUUAUCACUACCUCCAGUUCCCAAGGCAGGGAAGAAGAGGGGAAUAGUCGAAGCAAUAUGACUGGCUAGGUUUGGGCUGCUGUUUUUCCUGGACCUUUAUGCCAAACUACAUAAACACUUCUUGGAGUUCCUGAUUUACACUCAACUUUGAUCCCUGGACCCUAGGGCCAUUAGUUUCCUUAAAGCAGUCCUGCUGGUGGAUGAGCAGGGAAACUUGUACACCCUGGAGGCCAACUGGUAGAGGGUGCCUGCCCUGGCCCCAUCAGACUGUCCCAGCUGGGGUGGGGGUGAGGAUCAUAGUGAUUUCUUUUUAAAAGCUAGUGUGACUAGUGAGAAUGGAUGUCCAAGGGCUUUUCUCUUCCUCCCCUGAGUCCAUGAUUCUUCAUUUGUGAUCAGGGUUGGGGUAACUUCAGCUUGGUGAUCAUAUCUUCUUCUUACAAACCAAUCCAGCCAAGAUAUAUGUGCUUUUCUAAACAGCUUGUAAAAGCAAAAACACAAUGUAUACACAUAUAAAACUUUGUGUGUUUUUUUGGUUUUUUUGCUUAUAUACUUCACUCAGGUGGAGAACAAGGUAUGAAAGCCAUUAUAUGGUGUCCCUUGGGGACCAUGCCGUAAGUCCAGGGUGUUCCCAGUAUACCCACAAGACAACAUGUUCAAAACUUCAUCACCUGGUCCCCACAAACCUACACCCUCUUCCAUUCCCUCACUCUGGUAAAAGCAAGCCAUCUUCUCCAGCUGCCCAAGGCAGAAGCCCAGGAGUGAGCACAAUGCUGCCCUUUCCCUUGCUUCUGACUUCUCAUCAAUCCUAUUAGAACUACGGACUGCACCCCACAUCUCCUCCAUCCCCACGACCACUGCCUUCAUAUGAACUGCCUUUCCUGUCCCCUUGACUUUCAGUGGCUUCCUUUUUUGCUCAUCUGUCCACUUUCUUCCCCUUCCCUCUCUCCAUCCCCCUUUUUUUCACUCCAUAUAGUCAUCAGAAAGAUCAUCAGAACAGGCAAAUGUGACCGUAUUAUUUCCCUCACUUAUCUUUGUAUGCCGUUUAGAGUGAUUUUUAAGAGCAUGCACUUUGAAAUUAGGAGAACCUGUGUCUGAAUCCUGAUUUUGCCAUUUGUAUGACUUGUCAGGUUAUUUAAUCUCUUUGAGCCUGUCCCUCCUCAGUGAAAUAGGAAUAAUAAUACCUACCUCAUAGAGUUGUUGUGAGGAUUCAGUGAGAUGGACUGUUUCUAAAGUGUGUAGCACAGUGCCUGGCACAUAGUGGGUGCUCACAUUGGAGCACACUAUUGUUCCUAUCCCUGCAGGUGUGAGUUUUACAUCCUUUCCAAGAGGCAUUUGCUAAUAACCCUAACUACCGCCUAUCCCUGUGACACUGUAUUCUGCCUCAGCACCUUGUUUAUUUCCCUUGUAGAUAUUUUCUAAAUCUGUAUUUUAUUUAUUUGUUGGCUUUUUGUCUAUUUCUCUACUAGAAUGUAAGCUCCCUGAGAGCAAGGAUGUGUUUGUCUGAUUUCCCGUUACAGCCCCAGCGCUUAGCUGAGUGACUGGCACCUAGUAAACACUCAGUAACUGCUGAACAAAUGGAAUAAUGGUCAAAAGGCUCUUCAUGAUCUGAUCCCUACUUCUCUGUCUGGCCUCAUCCUGCCACUAUCCUCAUUGCACCUUCAGCUCAAGAAAAACCUCUUUACGUGCUUCUUUGAAGUGCCCCUUGGGCCUCCGUGUCUUUGUACCUGUUGUUCCCUUUGCCUGAAACACGCUUUGCCUGCCCAUCUACAUGGUGAAUUCCUAAUCAUUGGUGAAGUCUCAGCUCAAUGGCUACCUCCUCUGUGAAGUUGUCCCUGAUUUCUCCAGGCAGAUGUUCUUUCCCUCCUUCCCAGUUCCCACUGCACUUUGUAAAUACCUCCAUGGAAGCACUUUAUUGUAUUGUAUUGUAAUUUUUUUUUUUGCAUGUCUGUUUCUACUAUUAGACUGUAAGCACCGUAAAAGCAGAGAUUGUGCUUUUUCAUCCUAAUGUUCCCAGAGCCUAGCCCAGUGCCUGGCACAUAAUAGCUUGUCAUUAAAUAUUUGUUGAAUGAAUCUGUGAAUGAACAAGAGUCAUGCAAUUGAAAAAGUGUUAGAAGCUGUAUGUAUUAUAAAGGAAAGAAAUGCCCUUGGUGGCUUCCAGGGUUUUUUUUUGUUUUUGUUUUUGUUUUUGUUUUUUUGUCUAAAAAGGAGAUCUAGAGAGUGUUAUACAAUCUCUUUGAAUAUAGGAUCAAUUGUUUGGAUUUUUAAAAUAAUAUAGAGCUUCAUAAAUAAUUGCAAAGAUAUAAACAAGCUUUGUGAUUUCUCAAAUGCUAUGAAGUCCAAAAUAAGUAUUUGCACUAUUAGUAUUUCCAUAGUAAAUGCUAUGAGAAUAUGUACAGCAAUAAAUUUUGAAGCUUUAAAA